AUGGAAACUAGGGUUUUGGCGAUUGGUGAUACGAGGGUUUUGGGUACGGAUGAUCUGGACGCAACCAUGAUGGAUGUGGGGGAGAGAGGGAGACCACCAGGAGAUCCGCCAGAUAAGCUAACCUCAUGGGUAGCAAAGGUGGUGGAGACGGCUAAGGGAGGGAUGCCAGUCCCGGAGUGUAUGAUCGUUAGGGUUUUGGGAAGGAAUGUUCCGAUCGUUGCCUUGAACAGGAAGUUAAGGGAGUUAUGGAAUCCAAAGGGUGCUAUGUACGUGAUGGACUUACCUCGACAAUUCUUUAUGGUCAGAUUUGAGAAAGAAGAGGAAUAUCUAGCGGCACUGACAGGAGGACCAUGGAGAGCGUUUGGUAGUUAUCUCAUGGUUAUGGCCUGGUCGCCAGAUUUCGACCCACUACGAGAUGAUAUCGUAACAACACCAGUGUGGAUCAGAUUGACGAAUAUACCAGUGAACUUUUAUCAUCGAUCGAUUCUUAUGGGGAUUGCCAAGGGGUUGGGCAAGCCAAUACGAGUGGACUCGACGACGUUAAAUUUUGAAAGAGCUCGGUUUGCUAGGGUGUGCAUGGAAGUAAAUCUAACUAAACCAUUGAAAGGGACGGUUCUAAUCAAUGGUGAGAGAUAUUAUGUAGCCUAUGAGGGGUUGUCUGAGAUAUUUCCAAGGUGUGGUAUCUAUGGACACUUGGAGGAAGGUUUCAUAAUGGCAAAGGGUUCGCGUAAAGGAGCAUCUAGUUUAUCUCAGCAUACGACAGGUACGGAAAGGAAAUCGAAUGUGGAGAUGAGCAAGAAUAACCGUGGGAAUCCGAGCAGAAAGGAAGCUGCGACGAUGAUGUAG